CCACAGACAGCUCGUAUGGUCUACACCUUCUACAUAUCUGUGACCGCAUUCCCCUCACUCCCAGACAUUCACAUCCACUCCCAUGCUCACCGCCCCGCCCAUUCGAGCUUCACUUCUACAUUUAAGAUCCACUUCGAACCACUUCACUUCUGGCGGCGUUUCUCUCACCCUGUCAUCGUCUCUACGCACAAUGUCGGUAAAGCCUUCACUUGAGAGCGCAGAGGACUUUCUGUCCUUUGUCAAUGCUUCCCCCACUCCCUUCCAUGCCGUCAAGUCCGCCAAAGAACGAUUAGAGAAUGCCGGCUUCAAAUACAUCAAAGAACGUGACUCGUGGGCAUCUUCCCUCCAGCCCGGAGGAAAAUACUACCUCACACGAAACGGUUCCUCCAUAGUCGCGUUCGCCAUCGGCAAGAAAUGGAAGGCCGGAAACCCGAUCAGCAUGAUCGGCGCCCACACAGACUCGCCAUGCCUCCGCAUCAAGCCCGUAUCCAAGCGCCAGGGUGACGGAUUCUUGCAAGUUGCCGUCGAGACAUAUGGAGGUGGAAUCUGGCACACUUGGUUCGACCGAGAUCUCAGUGUCGCUGGUCGCGUCAUGGUCAAGGCUAAGAAUGACAACAUCGAGCAGCGCCUGGUCAAGGUGGAGAGACCUAUCUUGCGCAUACCAACAUUGGCCAUUCAUCUUGAUCGUCAAGAGAAUUUCUCGUUCAACAAGGAGACCCAGCUGUUCCCGAUUGCAGGCUUGGCCGCCGCCGAGCUCAACAGGCAAGGAAAGACGGAGGAAACCAAGGAAGAGGAGGUGAAGAAUGGCGCUUUCGAGCCCCUAGCUACGCCUACUCAGAGGCACCACCCUUAUCUUGUCGAGAUUGUAGCUCAGGAAGCAGGUGUCGAGCCUGCCGACAUCGUCGAUUUCGAACUGGUCCUCUACGAUACGCAAAAGUCGGUCAUUGGUGGAUUGAAUAACGAGCUCAUCUUCUCUCCGCGCCUGGAUAACCUGAUGAUGACGUACUGCAGUGUGGAGGGUUUGAUCAAGAGUCUCUCCUCGGCAUCGGCGCUCGAGAACGACUCUACCAUCCGUCUGGUUGCUUGCUUCGAUCACGAAGAGAUUGGCAGCAGAACGGCCCAGGGAGCCGAUUCCAACCUAUUGCCCGCUGUGCUCCGUCGACUCUCCGUCCUGCCGGCUUCCGAGUCGAAUUCUGACAAGUCGUAUGACAAGCUCGACGACCUAGCUACCGCAUACGAGCAGACGCUUUCGACAUCCUUCCUAGUCUCCGCCGACAUGGCACACUCGGUGCACCCCAACUACCCAGCCAAAUACGAGUCCCAACACAGGCCCGAAAUGAACAAGGGAACCGUCAUCAAGAUCAACGCCAACGCCCGCUACGCCACCAACUCCCCCGGUAUAAUCCUCCUUCAAGAGGCAGCCCGCCGCGCGAAGAAAGCCUCAUCAAGCACCUCAUCAUCCAAAGAGGGCGUCCCCCUCCAGCUCUUCGUAGUCCGCAACGAUUCGUCCUGUGGUAGCACCAUCGGACCAAUGCUCUCAGCGGCCCUGGGCGCACGCACCCUCGAUCUCGGAAACCCCCAGCUCAGCAUGCACAGCAUCCGCGAGACGGGCGGCGCCCACGACGUCGAGCACGCCGUCAACCUCUUCGAGAGCUUCUACGAGAAUUUCGAGGAGCUGGAGAAGAAGAUCGUCGUCGAUUGACUCGAACCGGCGAAAUUGUAAUGUGCAUAUUUAUUAGGUACCUACACAAUUAUACUCCCGAUCGACCCUGGUAAAAAUCUACUUGUAUAUUUUCAUACAAUAGCUAGCUAGCUUAGUCGAGAAAUGAGAACCACGAUACUGA